AUGGGGGAUUACGGGUUUGGAGUGCUGGUGCAAAACAACACUGGGAAUAAAUCGGCUUUUCCGGUCAGGUUUCAUCCACAUCUGCAGCCCCCUCACCACCAUCAGAACGCUACCCCGAGCCCCGCUGCUUUUAUAAAUAACACAGUUGCCAACGGCAGUAAUGCUGGGUCAGCUUGGCUUUUUCCAGCUCCGGCCGCCCAUAACAUUCAGGAUGAGAUUCUGGGGUCGGAAAAAAACAAAUCUCAACAACAGGAACAGCAAGAGUCUUUAGAAAAACAGCAGCUUUCCCCCAGCCAAAGCCAGGAAGGAGGAAUUCUACCUGACCCCGAAAAGGGGAAAUCGGAGGAAAAUCAAGGUGACAGCUCAUCCGAAAACGGCAAGGAGAAAAUCCGAAUUGAAUCUCCUGUAUUGACAGGGUUUGAUUACCAAGAAGCAUCAGGGCUUGGGUCUUCCAAUCAGACCCUGACAUCCUCUGCAUCCCCUCUCACUGGUUUCAGCAACUGGUCAGCUGCUAUUGCCCCAUCUUCUAACACUAUUAUUAAUGAAGAUGCAAGUUUCUUUCACCAGGGAGGGGUCACUGCUGCUUCAGCAAAUAAUGGUGCUUUGCUGUUCCAAAAUUUCCCCCACCAUGUGAGCCCUGGUUUUGGGGGUAGCUUUUCUCCACAGAUUGGACCCAUGUCCCAACAUCACCCCCAUCAUCCCCAUUUUCAGCAUCACCAUAACCAACAUCAACAGCAAAGGAGGUCUCCCGCGAGUCCGCAUCCACCCCCAUUCCCCCACAGAAAUGCUGCUUUUAACCAACUGCCCCAUUUGGCCAAUAAUCUCAAUAAGCCUCCCUCUCCAUGGAGCAGCUACCAAAGCCCAUCACCUACACCCUCUUCUUCAUGGAGCCCAGGUGGUAGUGGAUAUGGAGGUUGGGGUGGGUCCCAAGGUAGGGACCACCGUAGAGGACUCAAUGGAGGAAUAACACCUUUGAAUUCCAUCUCGCCUCUGAAGAAGAAUUUCGGGAAUAAUCACAUCCAGUUGCAGAAGUAUGCCAGGCCCAAUUCUGCCUUUGCACAAAAAUCUUGGAUGGAAGAAAGUUUGAACAGAGCCGACAACAUAUUCCCAUUUGCUGUGAGUAUAUUUAUAUAA